CAUUUAACUUGAAGCCCUCAUUUAGGAUCGCAGCAUUCAAGAUGAACAGAAAACCAACCGCACCAACUGGGAAAACUGAGGAAGAAGCUGAUUAUGUUAACUCAGCAGUACACACAGUGGAGAAAACAGCCACCACUCCAGACCAGAAGUUUGGCUCCUUCACUCGCUCUUCUUCACCAGUGGCAGGGUGUUGGGUGAUACUGAUCGUUAUCAUGGCCCUUCGUAUUUACUUUACUUCAGUCAUUUCUGAAAACAACGGCAUGCUGAGUGCAGAAAACCAGGAACUGAGGACACAAAAGAAAAACUUGACUGAUAUGUUAGAAGACAUGGAGACAGAGAGGAAUGAGCUCAACGUGAGUCGAGCUCAGUGGAGCAUUGAUCAAUACUGCCCCAUAGUGGGAGCUGCAAGACAGUGUAAGUCCUGUCAGGCAGGCUGGUUACAUGACGAGUCCAGCUGCUACGUGAUGAAUGAUCCUAGACCUCCUGAGCAGAAAACCUGGGAUGGAGCACAAGCGGUCUGCAAGGAAAUGAUUUCAGAUCUUGCUGUUAUAAAUAAUGCAAAGGAGAAGCUCCUGGAUACAACCAGCGACUCCUACUGA